GUAACAGCUGAAGCUCCCCAUUACACAAUUCAUUUUCUCUGUCUCUCUCCCUUGGCAUGUGAUGUGAGAUUGUCUUCUAAUGGCGGAGAACAAUAGGAAAUGAAGUUCAUAUUAUUUACCAGGAAUUGAAAGACGAAAAGCUAAAAACGGAAGAGGAGAAGAGAAGAGAAAAGGAAAUGUUCAGGUUACACGGUAAGCUUAAGUCUGAGAAAUCUGGAGAAAAACUCAGUUUCAAGUUCUCCAAUUUCCAGCUUCUUCAGGUACCAAAAGGAUGGGACAGGCUCUAUGUGUCUUUAAUUUCUGUAGAAACAGGGAAAGCUCUCACCAAAUCAGGGAAAGCAUCAGUAAGAAAUGGAAACUGUCAAUGGACAGAGGCUUUGUCUGAAUCUAUUUGGAUGUCCCAACGUGAUGCUUCAAAAGAAAUUGAAGAAUGCUUGUUCAAGCUUGUUGUUUCCAUGGGAUCAACUAAAUCUAGCAUCCUGGGAGAGGCUACUGUUAAUUUGGCAAGCUACAGGAGUUCAAAAACUGCUAUUCCUGUUUCAUUACCACUGAAGAAGUGCAACCAUGGGACCAUCUUACAAGUUAAAAUUCAGUGCCUAACACCAAGACCGAAAUUCAGGGAGGAGCAGUGGGAAGACACAGGUUCAUACAUGGAGGAUGAGAAUGUUGACUAUGAUGAUGUGGAAAGCAAAUCAGAUGUAUCUGAUAGUUCAUUGACUAAAAGUGUGGGAUCCUCUUCUAGUAACCAUUUGGAUAGUUCAUCUAGUGGAGGAGAACUACAUAGCAAGGAUUUCAGUUUCUCAGCAUCUGGCUCACGUUAUAGCUUUGAAUCAAUGGAGGGUUCACUGGGAAGGGAUUCUCCGCGAAAUAACUCGACCAGCAUUGCAAACAACCACAUUGGAAGACAAGAUUCAACUGACUCCCAGAAUAGUUAUCCUUAUGGAUCUUAUUCUUUUAAUGAUUCUUCUAAAUCGAAUCUCUCAUCCUUUAACUCAAAGGUGUCCACCUCCCGAAGCAGCCUUCAGAAUCAAAGGGAUGAGUCUAAUCGAGUUUAUCGCUCUGUUGCCUCUUCACCUCUGCGAAAUGCAGGUUCAUCUAAGGACCUUCUAGAAGCUGCAGAAGUUACAAUCGAAGAACUUCGAGCAGAAGCGAGGAUGUGGGAACAAAAUGCUAGAAAGUUAAUGAUUGAUAUGGAAAAAUUGAGGAGGGACUUAUCAGAUCAGUUAAACCGCCAGGAAAGUCUAGAAAUCGAGGUCACUGAAUCACGCACAGAAUGUGAUGGCUUGAAACAGCAGAUUGAAGAAAUGAAGUUCUUGUUGGAGGAAUCAAUAGGGAAGCAAAAAUCUGCUGAAACUUUGAAUUAUCAGGCGAAAGAAAUGGACGACCUUCAAAAACAAUUGGAAGAUGAAGUGAAGUUCCAGAAAGAGUCAAAUGCUGACUUGGCUCUACAGCUAAAGAAAACUCAAGAGUCAAACAUUGAGCUGGUUUCCAUACUUCAGGAACUAGAAGAUACCAUAGAAAAACAGAAAAAAGAAAUUGCUAAUCUUUCAAAAAUGCAAUCUGAAGACAAAAACCUAGGGAAAUAUGGCCUUGGAUUUGAAGAAAAUGGGGAGAUAAAGCCAAACGAGGAAGUUCCUGUGAAGGAUAUAAGCAAAGUCUCUUGUGAUUCAUAUCUGGAAGUGGAACAUGAAUUAGUGAAUUUACCUUCAGGUUUAGAACCAGAUGGUGAGAGGGACCUGGAACUGGAGAUACAGAAGUUGCGAGAAUCAGCAAAGAAUUUAGAGAGUACCAUUCAGUUUCUGGAAAAAUCUCUAGAGGAAAAAACUUGUGAAUUAGAGGAUGAGAGAAGUUUGAAGACUCAAACUCUAAUGGACUUUGAAGCACAAUGGAGAGAUAAGUUAUCUGUAAAAGAAGAAAAAAUCAUCAAUUUGGAAGCAAGGUUAUCUGAGGCGCUCAAGGCUGAUGGUCUCGAAAAUGCAGACAAUAACAAUCUGAUGAAAGAAGUUGAAGUUCUGAAACAGAGAAUAGAGGAGCUUGAAAAAGAUUGCAAUGAGCUUACAGAUGAAAAUAUAGAACUUCUACUUAAGCUCAAAGAAUCAAAAGGGGAUCUUCCAGGGUGUGGUGCCUCUUCUAAUUCUUUAUCAAAUGGAUUUCUGGAGAAUGACUCCCUCUCUACCUCUGAAUCUACAGUAAGCAAAAUGAAAUCCCAAAUAUGCAAGCUUGAAGAGGAGCUGAAUGAGAAAGAAAUGCUUAUCGAAAGGCUGUCCACCGAUAAAUUGCAGAACCAAUUUAUAGGUCUUGAAAAAAAAUGUUCUGACCUGGAGGUUCAGUUACAAGCUUACAAAGACAAAACAUGUUAUCUUAAUGAUGAACUUUGUAAAUGUCAGGCCAGAGCAGAAGAGCAGGAAAUUGAGAUUGCUGCACUACAACAACAGUUAGUAUCUUACCAAGAAAAGGAAACUCAGAAAAAUGGCCAGUUUGCUGACAUGAGGGCAGAAUUCAAGAGUUCUCAAUCAGAUGAUGCUGUUGAAAUAUCCAAAACACUGUCCGAGUUGCAUGAACAGAUUCAGUUGUGUCUAUCCAAUGCCAAAAAACAACAGUAUGAUAUUAAUUUUCCUUCAACUGCUGAAAAUUACCAUUAUAAUACAUUGAUUCCAAAUGCUACAGAUUUUUUUAGCCAAAAAGAUCUAGCUAUUGCUAUUUUGAACAGCUUUGUCCAGCUAAAGGAUUUGUUUGAAGCGAAAGUUGGCACACUGGAAGUUGAACUGAAGCGAAAUGGAAAAGUCAGUGCAAGAGAAGCAAAUGGUGGUGAGGUCCAGAAAAAAUUGGAAACUUGCAAUUUAGAAGAAAAUGCUUUGAGAACUUCUAAUCUGGGACAAGAUCUGCAAAUGAAAUUUAAACCUGAAAUUACAGAUUCGGGUAAGGAGAUAUUGGAGAAGAUAUCUGAAAUAGAGAAGCUUAAAUCUGAUAAUUUGUUGACGGAAGAACAGGUGAAAUCUCUAAGGAAUUGCCAAAGGGAGUUGGAAACGCAGAUUUCUAAUCUUAAGAAUGAAAGAACGCAGUUAGAGGAAGACGUGGAAGUUAUGAUAAGGGAAGGUGCUAAGACAUCUGCAUGCUUGGAUGAUUCUUGUAAUGAAACAAUGGUGAUUAAUAGUAGUAUAAUGACAUCUACAGGCUUGGAUGAAUUACAAAAUGAGACAAGGUUUCUUAAUAGCACGAUAAAUUCCCAUCUUCCUACCGAAAAUACUCUUCCAUCAAAGUUACUGGAGCUGGAAAGCAGCAAAUGUGAAGUAGAAGCUCAUUUGUCUGAACUAGAAAAAGAAAAUGUAUGGUUAUCAGAACGAAUAUCUGGCUUGGAAGCACAAUUGAGGUAUUUGACUGACGAGAGGGAGACGAGCCGCUUGGAAUUACAUAAUUCGGAGUCAAGUGCUAUAAAUCUACAGGAAGAGAUAAAUAGAUUGAAAAGUGAAUUGGAAGCACAAAAAAGUGAUGGAAAACAAAAGUUACAAGGCAUGCAAAAGCAGUGGUUAGAAACUCAAAGUGAGUGUGAAUAUCUGAAAAUAGCAAAUGUAAAGUUACAAAUGACAGCUGAAAGCCUUAUUGAUGAGUGUAGUUUGCUUCAGCAAUCAAUAAUAGAGUUAAGGAAGCAAAAAUUGGAGUUGCAUGGGCAUUGUGCAAUCUUGGAAGCAGAACUGAGGGAAUCACGAAAUGGAUUUUCUGAUGUGUUGAAGGAAAUUGAAUCUCUUGAAGGAAAAUAUGCUUUGAUGCUGGAAGAAAUCACAACAAAAGAGAAAGCCCUUGGUUUAGAACUAGAUGCACUUCUUCAAGAAAACAAAACUUAUAGAGAAAAACUCGUUACAGAAGAGAGCCUGCUGAAUCAGAUGUACUUGGAGAAGGAGGUUGAAGCUGAGAAUCUUCACAGAGAGAUCGCACGUCUUACUGAAUAUAUAUCUGCAACUCCUGAAGAAAAAGAAAGAACUGGUUCAGCAGCUAUGAUUGAAGUAUCUCAACUACGUGCAGAUAAAGCUAUGCUCAAAGCUUCACUACAAGAAAUCCAGCAAAAGCUUAAAUUAUCUGAGAGUAAUCUCAGUACCCUCCAAAUGGAAUCAGAAACAAAGCUGUUAGGACUUAUGGAUGAACUUUCAGCUUCCAAACAAAACCUGGAUGUUCUGAUGGCAGACCAUGAAAAGCUACUGGAAUUGUUGGAAGAUGUGAAAUCCAAUGAAGAAAAACAUAAAAACAUUGUUCGGGGGCUUGAUUUAAAACUGAAGGCUUCAGCAUAUGUGAGGCUACAACUAGAAGAAGAAAUUUCCAGCCUUAGGGUUCAAUUGCAGAAAACAGCAGUAUUUCAAGAUGAAAUUUUGUCCCUCAAGAGAUCCCUCGAUGAGGUCCAAUUUGAAAACCAAAGACUUGAAGUUUCACAUCAGAUUCUCUCAGGAGAUCAGGAAGAGCUGAAGGCCGAGAAAAUGGUACUUCUACAGAUGAUUUCUGAUAUGCAAAGGGCUGUUUAUGAAUUAGAGAGCUGCAAACGCAGUAAAGUUUCUCUUGAGGAAAAGGUUUUGCGGCUUCAAGGGGAUUUAACUGCAAGAGAGGCACUUGGAGCUGAGGAUGCUGAGCUGAAAAAUGAGCUUUCCCGGGUUAAGAGAGCAAAUAGUGAAUUACAAAGGAAGAUAAGAGAACUUCAGGAAGAGAAGCAAGAGUACCUUAGGAGAACACAAGCUUUUGAAGCUGAGCUCAAGAAGAAGAGGAAAGCAGCAAAACAGGAUUCACCAAACUCCAGCGACACAAGUCUUGACGUUUAUUCUGAAGACAAUGCAAUUAGUAGUAACACUUCUUCACAGGUUGAUAUCGAAACAAAAUUUGUUCCUGGAAGUUCCACGGUUAUGGGAAUUGAUCCUUCAUUAAAAAUCGAGCAACUUGAAAAUGAACUAGCUGAGACUUUGGAGGCAAAUGACAUGUAUAAAACACAGCUUAAAAGCUUGUUGAAUGAGGGUAAAUUAUCAUCAAUGGAGAUAGAGUUGAGAGAAUUGCGAGACAGCUAUUUCCACAUGAGCCUUAAAUGUGCAGAGGUCGAGUCCGAGCGUGAGCAACUUGUGCUAAAACUCAGAGCAGUUAGCAAUGGAAGGAGCUGAUUUCUGGUGGUCGACGCCUAUAGCCCUCCCAAGUAACAUUUUUUCAACCAAAUUUAAUUUUUGUAGAUCCCAUAACACCAAGUUCUAUUCAACUGAACAAAUAUAACAAUAACAUCCAUAGCUAGUCUUAUCUUGAAGCAAGAAAAAAAGUAUCUAAUAUUGCUUAUGGUGACAGUAACUCAUAGACAUUAUUCCAAAAAUGAAUGGAAAGAGAAAAACAGCCUUGACAGAUUAUUAUGUAUAGCUUCUAUAGCAAUAUAUUAUAGAAAUUAAUAUUGUUUCUAGUGUAUCAGCAGCUCAGCACCUAAAGGCAGAUCAAUGUAAGAGUUAAUUCUCCCUUUCGUCUAUUAUGGAAUUCUAAAUUUUUUUAUUUUUUUUUAUUUUUUA